GAACCCUAGGUCCUCCAGGUUCACCCGGCCUACAAGGUCCUCGUGGACUCCCAGGAACUGGUGGCGUGAAGGGAGAAAAGGGUACUCUUGGCAUGCCUGGAAUUCCUGGCAUCCCCGGACAGAAGGGAGAUCCUGGUUUUCCAGGAAAUCCGGGCAUACCCGGUCCUACUGGCCCCGCUGGAAUAAAGGGAGAUUCAGGACAGCCUGGUGUUCCUGGAUUCCCCGGUUUGAAGGGUGAUCUUGGAUAUCCUGGCCCCAGUGGCCCUCCUGGAGAUCGUGGAUUACCUGGAGAACGGGGCACUCCGGGUGAUCCCGGUGAAGGUUCGCCUCCCAUUGUGCUAAAGGGAGAACGGGGACCCCCAGGUCUUCAGGGCCUACCUGGUUCUCCAGGACCACCUGGUUUGCCCGGCCAACCUGGAGGCUCAGGUAUCAAAGGUGACCCUGGUGGACCUGGGAGCGAUGGUCCUCCUGGCUUCAACGGACCUCCCGGCAGGAAGGGAGACAUUGGUCCGGCAGGUCAGCCUGGUCAGCCUGGCAACCCUGGUCCCCGUGGUUCAGAUGGCCCACAAGGUCCUCCCGGUGUCCCAGGAUCAGUUUCUGCUGCUCACGGUUUCCUCAUCACCCGGCACAGCCAGACCACCGAUGACCCAGAGUGCCCCACUGGAACUAAGUUUAUCUAUAACGGAUACUCUCUGUUGUACGUGCAGGGCAACGAGCGGGCACACGGACAGGACCUUGGCACAGCCGGUAGCUGCCUGCGCAGAUUUAGCACCAUGCCCUUCAUGUUCUGCAAUAUCAACAACGUCUGCAACUUCGCAUCCCGUAACGACUACUCCUACUGGCUGUCCACGGACAGACCCAUGCAACAGCUGCAGUCUGGUAGCGACCCAAACAAUUGCAUGCAGUUUAUAGUGCAGCACUGUGCACCUCUUUGA